AUGAUGGCGGCUGAAAUCCAGAAGAAAGGCAAGGGCAAGACUGCACCGUCUCUCAGUACCCUUUGUCAUAUUUGGUUCUGCCUGCAAAGAAUCCUGCAAGCAAUACCGUUGUCAACGGACUCGUUGUUCAACCAAAUCGUCCGAGAGGGACGCCUGGUGGAAGAUGUCUAUCAGCGCCUCUCAGCAAUGGGCGGUUCUUGGUGUUCUUCCGCAGACGCUAUGAAUCGUGCCAUGACUGCGCCCGCAAAUUUCUGUUUCGGCUCUGGUCCCAAAUCAAGGAACCGCAGGCUUUCGACUCUCACAGAGAAGAACGGACCCUUCUUUAAUCAGAAGUACCAUCCGCAAUAUAUACGAGCGCCAUUAUAUGGGCUGUCAGCAUCCUCACUUCUGAAGAUCGAGGCAAGAAAAUACCAGUUGUUGACGAUAAACAGUACCCUUGUGAGACCUUUCACGUCCUUUCAUCCUGCACGCACAGGAUCUGCGGAUGCAAGUAUUGUCCUUCCCAAACAGCUCGACAGUGACUAA